CCUUUGGAGAAAAAUUGUGUCGCGAUCCAGUCUGAUCGUUUCUGUAUGUUAUACUGUGUGCUUUUCUCUCAUGUCAUGUCUCAUGUAUUAAUACAAGGAUUAAUAAGUGCGGUGUUGAUCGACAAUACAGUGAGUAUGGGGAGGAGGUGUAUGCUGUCACUUAUUGCUCCGGCUUCUCUCUCCUUUUCCUGUGUAUAAUAAUCAGCUACUACUUUAACACUUACUGACUACUUUAUCUGGCCCCCGCCUACUCAAAGCGUUAAACAUGAGAACAGUAAGUCAAGAGCUGGGAGGGCAGAAUAUUAUAUUAUAGAUACUAAAUCGCGGUUUAUAUCAAACUCUGGGUUAGAAUCCGAGUCUGGAACUCUUUUUACAGCUUCGAGUUAUGUAGACAGCCUCUCCUUUCCCUGCCCUGAAACCUUCCUCUUCUCUUAGUGAGACCGCCAGAUUCACUUGUAUUUUUGAGACUGCUUUACAGUUACCAGCUAUAAUAACACAAGCCAGCACAUGUUGUUUUACAAAAAAAAACCUAAGGCAUUUAAAAAAACGAUUGGGGAUCUAAUCCCAGGGAAUCCUUCAAAAUCCACCGGUCUCCUGUGUUGCAGGGUGUGAGGUGAGGCUGGGACGAGUGGAUUGUAACGUUAAGAGCAAACAAAAAUGUCCACCCAAUUUUCUCUCUAUUUCAGAUGCUUCACGAGAGUGUAUUCCGAUCCCACCCAACAGAAGGAAUAUUGGACAGUUAAUCUAAAGUUUAACUGGUAAUGAACCACUCACCAUCUUGCCUCUGACUCAAGAAACCGAAUUGACACACGGGAAGGCUCACUUCAAGGUCUGUGACCGUCUGAAGCUGGAGCGGAAACAACGGCGAAUGUGCCGGCGGGACCCUGGAGUGGCAGAGACCCUCAUGGAAGCAAUCAGUAUGAGUGCCCUUGAGUGUCAGUACCAGUUCAGGUUUGAGAGGUGGAACUGCACCCUGGAGGGGCGGUACAGGACAAGCCUUUUGAGGAGAGGUUUUAAAGAGACUGCCUUCCUAUAUGCCAUUUCUUCUGCUGGAUUGACUCAUGCCCUUGCCAAAGCUUGCAGUGCUGGACGAAUGGAGCGAUGUACCUGUGAUGAAGCUCCUGACUUGGAAAACCGGGAAGCUUGGCAGUGGGGCGGCUGUGGGGACAAUCUCAAGUACAGCAACAAGUUUGUCAAAGAGUUUAUGGGACAAAAGAAAUCCAACAAAGAUUUACGAGCCCGUGUAGAUCUGCACAAUACCAACGUUGGUGUCAAGGUUAUCAAAUCUGGUGUGGAGACCACCUGCAAAUGCCACGGUGUUUCUGGUUCCUGUACUGUUCGGACUUGCUGGAGGCAGCUGUCCCCUUUCCACGAGAUUGGCAAAUUGCUCAAAUUGAAAUAUGAAACCUCGCUCAAAGUAGGCAGCACGACUAAUGAAGCGACUGGCGAAGGAGAGAUUACCCCACCGAAAAAGGCCAUCGCUGCUACUCAUCACCAACAGCAUCAAAUCCCAAGGACUACUGAUUUGGUAUAUAUUGAUGACUCACCAAGUUUCUGCCGGCCCAGCAAGUACUCACCUGGCACUGCAACACGCAAGUGCUAUAAGGACAAGAACUGUGAGAGCAUCUGCUGUGGUCGGGGGCACAAUACUCAGAGCCGAGUAGUGACUCGACCCUGUCAGUGCCAAGUGCGCUGGUGUUGUUAUGUGGAGUGUAAGCAAUGUACUCAAAGAGAAGAGAUUUACACCUGCAAAGACUAAAGCUUCUGCGUUCCUAUGGGAAGGGCCCUGGGGAGUCAUGGUGUGGACCAUGGACAUUUUGCCUGAGGAAAUACUGCAAUAAAUCCCAAUAACUCCGGAAUUCCAUUUUAAUGUACAGAAAAUGUAUAAACUUUAUAACACAUCUCUUGAAUUCAGAGUCUGAAGUCAAAAAUGCAGAGAAGAUAAAUACCAAUCGGUUUAACACCUGGUUCUAGAGAAACCAGUUCACUCCAACAUCCUGGAUAUAAUUAACUGUCAUCAGCAUCAACUGAACAUAUCAAUGAAACCUUCAGUAACUAUCACGCUCACGAGCCAAUUAAGAAUUUGGGAAAUGCAGUUCCAAUGACUGACAACUGGGGAUGUUCAGUUUAAGGUCCAUGUAUAUCAUUCAACCCUCAAUUAAGUAAUUAUUGAUAUUACUUAGAAGCUUUUAAACAGGCUAGGUAAAUAUGGAAGAUCUAGCAGGUUUCAUCUGGACUGCAGUGCAGAAGAGUAAAGAAACAAUUUAAAAAGCCAACAUGUAACAAGUAGGUAAAUCCAAUGGGAUAAGUGAUUACUGAAAAGGUAAUCACAACCUCCAAACUUUUAACAUAUUUAGUGGGACUUCAGGCCAUACUCAAGGCAUCAUUGAGUAACACCUAUUUUACAAAAUUUGCUCCUUGCAUAUGUUCAUUGUACAAUAUUAGGGUGCAAAUGUACUCCUUGACAUAAUGGCAAAUCAUAGACCAGAGAACACUAACAUUUGAUUCUAUGCCUAUGUCAAAUUAAUAGAAUGGAGAGAAUGCUAAUGCAACUGAUCUAAGUGCCCUAUACUUAAGGAAAGGGAAGUAGACUCUCACCAAUUUCUGAUUACUAUCCAGUAACCUUUGCUAGAAAUGAAUCUGAGGUCAAGUCUGGGUUUGGCUGGGACAACUUUCAUAAAUGUGCAGAAUGCUGACAUUCAUCACCUAGCUCAGUGAAGAAUGGCUACUGGUGUGAACUAACUAUGACGGAUGGUGCUGCAAGUGUCCCAAGGGCAUAAGAAGGGACACGUGUUGACAACAGAUACAGAAAUAUAUUGAAGAAAGUUGCCCUUUAAGUAGGGUUCAGUCCCAGUGCUGAACUAGAUAAUCUUUGUUGGGGAAAGUGAGAGCAGUAUUCCAGGGUUAGGAGAGGACAGUUAGCCAUGACCUUCAGUUCCUAACUAUUACACUCUGACAGCUAUUGUUAGUGUUUGAGUAUGGAAGUAAGUUGGGUUUAAGCAAAGAUGCCACUAUCACCCAUUAUGACGGAAUAGGCUCACAACCCUUACUUUCUCAGCUCACAGGGAAUAACAAUGCGAUGACGAUAGCUGGACUGUUCCUAUAGUACUGAGUUUCAGCAAGAAAUCCAUUUCUUCCAGCAAGAGAGAGGUGGGGAUAGGGGUAGAGGGCUGUGUGGUGAUUAGAAAGAAAAUGCAUGAGACUUUUCAUGAUUUUAUUUCGAAUUCUGGCAAGUUCUUGGCAAAGCUUUCCCUAACCUUAACAUGCCUUUUCUGAAGGUCACUUGGUUUUCAUGUUUGUUCUGCAGGGUUCAGGUUGGGUUGUUAAAAGAAAAUAGGUCUCCAUAGUGCAAUUAGAACAAGAAGCCAGACAAAGCAGCUUUUGUACAUAUAAGGGGCUUAGUGAAGAGUGCUAAUAUGUUCAGGUCCGUUCAUUUGGGAGAAGUGCGUUUGAAUCCAGCUGAGGUACCAGGCAGAUGAAAGUCUCCUCACUCCAGUGGCUGUUAAUUGUCAGGCUCCCAGAAGAUGCAGACCCACUGUGUAGUAGUAUCCAUGCCAAUAGACAUUAAUGAUCUGUUUAUAUUGGGUCUGGGACCAUCCCAGUUUAACAUUAAUUGGCGCAAAAGAGCUCAUACAAACUGGCCAUAAAUUGUGAACUCUGGACAGUUACAUGGCCCCAGAGUCUGGCUAUGAGUUCCCACGCUUCAAUGACGUAAUGAUCUCAUUACGUUGUGGUAUUCAUAAUAAACAAGGUCUGCAAGCUAAAUGUUCGCCAAUAGCCUGUGGAUUUCUAUUGAAUGGGCAAUUUGAGGUACUAGGAAAGCAGGAUUUGCACAUGUAAAAGAUUUGAGAUACAAAACAGACUAGAAGUGUGGCUCUUUCUCCUCAACUGGUUGAAUAAUGACUACCAGUAUAAACACCAGCAAACCACUGACCAUGUCAAUGUAGCUUUCAGUGGAAACCCAAAUUGGAAAUGGGCAUUGCAGUUGAAGGUUCAGAAUAUUCCAGUUUCCAACUGUCCGAAUAGUCAGAGCUUUAUCCAUUGUUCUCGUACUGUGACUGUUGUAGUUCAACUACAUGUGACAGAAAGAAAAUAAUGUUAAAGAACUCUAAAGAUUGUGUACAGACUUGACUGUCAAAUGCUGUAAGGUUCAGCAAGGAUGAGAUAUUAUUCCUCUGAUUGUGAUUGUUCAGACUGAAGACUAGCAGACCUUAAUAUAGACAUGGUGAAACAUGUUAAUGGAAAAGCUGGUCUCUGAUACUAAUCUACUGUGCUUAAGUGGAUUUAACUGUUGGGAGAUCUAAAAAAGUGGCGUAAUUGCAUAUUCCACACUCUAUUAUAACAAUUUGACGUAUCACCGUGCAUGUUCACAAACAGCUAUUUAACCCUGACAUCCCCUAAUCUCUACAAGAUGGAUUCAGAUAUUAGUAGCUCAGCUGGGAACUAUUCAGAGCUGAAGUGAGCAGACUGCACAAACAGGAUUACCUAAAGGAUCAGCUGGAAGAUACAACCCCGUUACGUCUCACCUUCUGAAAAAUAUUCAUGCAACAAACAUGGCUUGUAAAUAGUAUUCAUUGAAUAUGCUGGUGGCAUCUAAUGGUUGAAUAUCAGCAUUGCGUCAACUUUUAAAACAAUUACAGUACCUGGAACAGUUUGGGUGGCGAGUCUUGAGUUCAUUGGAUCUUAUUAGAAUGCAAAUCAAAUAUGGAGUGAUUAAUUAUGAUUAGAUCUAAUUCUAAUCAAAAAUGACUAUCUCUUAUUCACAAGUCAGUAAAUACUGUAUUUCUACGAAAUUGAAGCUCUCUUGGAUGUGUGACUGAUCCAUUCGGCCGAAAGGCCUAUUACAUACUGACUGUGCCCCGUGCAUCAGAUUAUUAUCAAUAAUUCAGACCACUUAUCCCCCAAAAUGCCAAGUCACAUCAGAGUUUUUAACAUUACAUGGAUCCAUACCAUCUGUUUCUUAAACUGAGACAAUUCUAGCACCUUGGGUUCGAAGUUAUACUCAAGAUGGUUUCUUGCAGCCAAGAGAUUUUUUUGACAAUGUGGAAGCCACUUAGGCCAAAUUAAUUCUGCAAGAAAAUGCUGAACAAUAUGAGGACGAGAACUUCCAGAACCAGUGAAAAGAGCUACGUUCGUCAAGUGUGGAAUUGGGGAUAGAGGGUUCAGUGCAUGCAAAUAUGGUGAAAAGCCUCAUUAUUAACUUUAUAGAAUUAUCAAAAAAGUUGAUAGGUUUUGAAAAUGACUUAUUAAUGUGUUAUACGCUCAACUUAUAACACACCCUAUAAACUAUAAUGUGCUGGGAGAACUAAAAAUGUCUUCAAUGCCGAAGCUGUAUACUUCUGAGAAUAGAACUGAGCCAUACGAGGCCCAGUUUCAUACACAGAAUAAGCUGAUCUCAGCAAGAAAACAAUCUUAAAUGCAAUGAUUGGGCUCAGGACCUCUGCGCUCGAAGACAGAAUGGGAAAAUCAGAAAAUGUUCCUGCUCCAGAUUGCUAUCCAAUGACUCCAACUGGCAGGCACUUAUGUGUGGGGUGUGUAGAUGUUGAUUCAAGGAUAAGUUUGUUCUCAGUCACAAUUCAUCUUGGGUUCAAUCUUCAUCUACUAUGAGAUGGUGCUGAACUCACCAGGCAGUGCCGUUGAAACAGGGGAGGAAAGUAAUUUGAAGCUGAGGAAGAAACAUAUUUAAAAAGUUAUGCAAUCAUGUUUUGGAACAUGUGUUCAUACCAAGAGGUGGAUGACAAAUCCUAUUCUUUAAAUGAGGCAAAGUAAACAUGAUGCAAACCCCUACUAUUACAGGGUGCGUUAUAAAUGACUAGCACAGUACAGAUUAUAUUGACCCUGGUAGCAGUAUCUGAAAGGCUUUACUUUAACUUUCUACCACAGUGCACCACUGGCUGAUAAAAGUGUGCUCAUUGCUGUAAUCUAUACUAUAACGGUCACAGAACCGGUCAGUUCUAAUCAUAAAUAUAUAUUUUAUAUAUUAUAAAAUAUGUAAAUGUUAGAGGGAGGGAAGGGGUGCAAUGGCUGUGUGUGUGUGUGUGUGUGUGUGUGUGUGUGUGUGUGUGUCAGAGAAUUGGAUCAAAAAUCUCCAGGAAUCACUUGAGGCGAAGGUUGUCUCUGGUCACUCUGUUAAGUGACAUUCUAAAACCUAACUAAGAUUUUGAGGCAUCCACUAUUUCUAACCAAGCUGACAUCUCCACAAUGGACCAAGGACACCUUUCUCUAACUCAACUGAACAAAUAACUAUUGACAAAAAGAAUGUUAAAAAGGAGCAUGUGAACAAGAAUCUUUUUUUUAAAAAAGGAUUCCAAUUAAACAAUGGUAAACAGUAUUUCCAAAACUUUCAUAAAUAGGAUGCUAUGUAGAAAUAACAUUGAUUUCAGGCAUAGAUUUUGUCACUUCUGAAGAAUAUCUGAUGUACUGAACAGCAGCAUAUGAUCAAUGUAAGAUGAGUUACUUUGAUGAAUUAUGUACUGGAGAGAUGAUAUGGAGUUUGUUUUUACUGAAAAUCAUGCAGCCAAUUGCCUCUUAGUUCUGGUACACCAAAUAACCACAGGGGAAUAUCUUGGUGACAGGGUUUGUGGAGAAUUGGCUUUUCCAUGAAUGAAUGAAUGGAAAAAAGGCUAACUUUUCAGACAGCAUUUAUGCAGGCUUGAAGAUUGUGGUUCUCUUUUAUUCAUGACAAAAGGUAUAGAGAGUCUAAAUUCCAUUUUUAUGCAUACUAUCAGAGGUGGAGUUACAGAAGGGCUUGUAGUUCAGCAUGAUUCUUCAUAUUAAUAGUUGGUCUAUAAUAAAUUGGGGUAAUGCAGAGGUCACUUCUUAACUUUAUUAGUAGCAAUGUAUCAAGAAGCUCAAACCCAACAUGUGGGAAUGUUCAGAUUACUGGCUUGGUAUCACACCACCUGGUCCACCACUAAGAGCCUGAAAUUGUAUUUAGGGCCCCAUGGAACAUGUCCUUAGGAUAAUUCAUUCUUUGAAGUUAUUUAUUGGAGUGUGUGAAAAUUCACUAUGUACAAAAGAGGAUCUGAUCAUGUGAGUGAGUUUGAAGCAGGAGUAGAAAGCCUGCACCAUCAUUCAGUAAAUCAUGGCUGAUCCGAUUGCUCCACAUCCCCUUCCUGCCUAUUCCGAAUACUCAAUCUGCUUUCCACUGCUUUUUGAAAAAGGAAGUUCAAAAGAUGUGAGGGAAAAAGAAUUCUCAUCAUCUCUGUCUGAAAUUGGGAUACCUUGUUUUUAACAAGUGAGCUCUGGUUCUGGAAGCUCCACAAGAGGACGCAUCCUUUCUACAUCUGUCCUGUCAAGUUCCCUUUGGAUCUAUUAUGCAUCAAGCAAGUCACCUCAGUUCAAUCGCAUUUAGAUACACGAUUGACUAGACUGCGUAGCAGGAAUAUGUCUGGCCUAUUUUGAUACUCAUUUUAAACACUUUGAGUUUGACGUGUUCCACACUUGUAUAAUUGGAAUCAGCAAGCAAAUCCUGAAUCUUCCAAUUUAGAGAAUUUGGGAUAACAGCAGGGGAAGAAUUCUUAUCAGGAAAUCUUAUUUUGGCAAUAAACAAACAAGGAUCCAGAAUUCUAGGAGUACGUGCUUGAGAGUUCAGUUUUUUUUUCCCCCACUGUCAAAAGGGGUAACUCUAGGCUGUUUACUGAGGACCUUUAAAUGAGUUGAGGAACUACUAUAAGAUAAAAUUUAAAGGAAAAGAAUGAGAAGGAGAGGCAGAGAUAAUUUAAGAGAGAUUUCCAGACUUUAGAACUGAAGUGGCCAAAACCAUGGCUGCCAAUGAUGGGACAAUGGAAAUGUGGGUCAGAAUUAUUUUCUGAGGGUUGCAAAGAGUUAAUUGGAUGGUGAGGGACAAACUCAUGAAAGAAUUUGCACCUAAGAAUUAGAAUUUUAAAAUUCUAUGUGUGGGUGAAUUGGAAGUCAAUAUAGCUGGCAGAACACUGAGGAGAUGGAUGAAUGGGAAAUUGGAAGCAGAGUUUUGGAUGAGAUUAUAUUUAUGGAUUGUGAAAGUGGGAGGCUGACCAGGAGAACAUUUAAAUGCUAAAGAUGUAACUAAGGCAAGUAUAUAGGGCCAUGUAUUUACUUACAGAGCCAAAAAAUGUCAGAUGUUAUUUGUAUCUUAGGUUAAUUUUUGAUAAAUGACAGGCAACAGUGUUUUUAGAAGACUCAAUGAGGAAUUGAUAAUAUUAAAAGUACAGCAAUAAUAUUUUACACAAAUGUUUUAUCAAAUUUGCAUUACAGUUAAGCAGAGCAUUCACGUAAAUAUUAAAACUUCGAUUUGUAUUACAAUUUAAAUGUAUUUCUUUUGCAUAACUGAGGUAUUUGGCUUUACUUUCAAACAUCCUGAGGUCUUGCUGCUGCUAGCUGAGUGGUUUCCCCCUCACACAUAUUCCAACACUCAGCUCAUAUCCUUGUCCCCACCUCCCACUGAAUCCUCUUCAUUAUUCCCCAGACUGCCAAAAAUACUCCGCCUCUUCUGAUUGCUCUCCAGCCACGCUCCAACUCCAUUCUCUUGGGUCCUCCCCAUUAUUUUCAUGAAUGCUUGAUAUGCUUUGUUUUCUACUUCUUCAUGUUUAGUGCGUUGAGAUGCUUUCUGUAUUCAGGGUGCACUUUGUGGGCUAGUAUAUUCAGAACUCUGCCACUCAUCUCCAGAGGAAGCAAAAUAGAUUAACCCCGUUUGUUAAAAGAGCACAGAGAGGAAUUUCAUGGGGUAAUCAUUUAAAUAGGGUUGCUUCAUCCCAAAAGAAACAUGGGGAACAAAACAAAUGAAUGCCAUUGUGUAUUUUUUUUGUAUUUUGUACAUGUGUGGUGGUGUAUAUGUGCAUGCAAGGAUGUGUAAGUGUGCUUAAGAGUACAUGUAUAUGGGCGCUAGUGGCUAUGAGGGAGAUUGAGGGUUGCUGCGUGACUUUGAAAGCGGAUUCUCGCACUGAACCUGGAUGCUUUCUGUAAUUAUUUAAAUAUAUACUAUUUAAUGUGGAUAUAUUUUGCUCUUGUAAAUUGUAAAUACUGAGUUUUCUCCUGUUCUCCUGUGGUAUUAAUACGUCUCAGUUAAUGCGGCACAUAUACUUUAUAUUGACAUUAAUUAGGAGUGCAAUGGUUACAGUCUUUCUCUUUUCAAGCCAGUUUGCAACAUCUCAUUAAUUCCUUGACCAUCUCCUCCUGAAUUUCCACCACCUCAAGCACUUUAACCCUGAGUGUCCAGUAGCUGAGGAUCCCACAAGGCUUUGAUAAGGUUGUGGAGUCAAAAUGAGAAAACAAAAAUCUGUGAUAUCCGAAAAUGCUGGAAAUGCAUAGAAAGGCCUUUCCUAGCAGCUGAGGAAAAAGACUUAAUAGCUAGUGAAGGAUUCUUGUUCAGUAUUGCCCAAGACCUACAUCUAAAGCAUGUAUCCAUCCGUUCUGCUCCCCCUGCUGAUUUGGUUUUUAUUUGUUAGUUAACAGAACAGGAUAUUUCGAAAUAAUUUGGCCCUGAAUGUUUAGACCAUUAGAUUUAUGCUGAGGAAAAGUAUGAUGUUUUAAUUUUAUUCCAGCAGAUAUUCUUAGAUUGAUCCUAUCUCUAGACAUCACUAACACAUUAUUAAGCAGAUAUCCCUGACCCACAGUGACAUUGAAAUUCUUGCUUCCUGAGGAAGGAGGUAGACACAAGUGCAGAGGCUGGCUGGUCACUUGCCUUGAUAUAACUUAUAAGUUCUUAACUUUCUCUUGGAGCACCAAAUGUAACCAGCUCUGAAGCAAGGGUCAAAUUCUGACCAGUGUGCACUUCUGCCCUUUCCAGCUUAUCUCACUCUCAAGUGUUAAUCUGUGGUCAGUGAUACCAUUUACACAAUACAGCAUGUGAGACUCUAGAGUUAGAAGCUAUCUAGUCUAUUUGAACCAGAGACCACCUAACUCCACUUAAGACAUUAUUCCAAUAUUUUACAGUUUGAAGUAAAGAGGAAUAAAAUAUAAAAAUGUAUCACAUGGUUCUGGCCACAUUUACUAGGGAGAAAUAUUAAUAUUGGAUAGAGUCCAAUGAGAACUUUGUACUAUGCUCCAAUGCAGUUAUUCUGGUGAAACCCCUUGUGUUAUGUAGUGCCCCAAAGUUUGAUGCAGUUUGAUUAAAUUGGCCAGUAUUUUUCAAUCAGCCUCUGAACUUGCCUCACUCUAAUGACUGUCACAUAAGUUGUUCUAGGAAGUGAUGCUGUAGGUGCUUUACUCUCAUAGGCUGCCCUAAUGAGCUCAAAGAAAAUAGUCUGUGCCUUUCACAGCAGUACCCUUGAUAGUCACAAAACUCAAUGCCCUGAUCCCAAGAAGAAAUCAGAAAAAAAUCUCUUGGGAAAUAUUAAAAAUCAGUCCACAUAUUAAAAUUAUGAACAUUGCUGGCAAGGCCAGCAUUUAUUGCUCUUCUCUAGUUAUCCCUUAGAAGUUGGUGGAGAGCCGCUUUGAACUGAUGCAUUCUGUACAGUGCUGGUAUUCAUAACAAAACGUAAAGUUGAGACCACUGGGAUUUUCACCCAGUAAUGAUUAAGUAAUGGCAAUAUAUAUCCAAGUCAGAAUGAUUUGUAGCUUUGAGUGAAACUUUGAGAUGUUGCUGUUCCUAGAUACAUUUUCCUUUUAUCCUUCCAGAUUGCAAAUUUUGCAUUCGAGAAAUAGUGUUGGCAGAGAUUUGCAAAUCAGUUUUGGUUGUGACAACUUUGAAAUACAGACACUUUUUGUUUUAUAGAGAAAAUUGCAGUCAUGAUGCAAAUGGCAAGACUGCAGAAACAGUGAGUUGAAUAACCAAUUGAUACUUGCAAACCUUUCCAACCUCUUUAUGGCAAUGCAGUGAGUUCUUUUUAAUGUUGAACUGAACAGAUUGGAUAUAGACUCAACAUUUCAUCCAAGUAGCAAUACCUCUGACAAUGCAACAUUCCCUUUGUACUGCACUGCAAUGUUAAUGAACAUUUCCUAGUCAGACAAGGUGCGGGAAUCUGGAAUAUCAAGAUUUGACAGCAGGAGCGUUUGCUACAUGUAUAUUGCAAAUUUAACUGGAUGGAUAGUGGAAAAAGAAAAACAAACUUGCAGUCAUUGCACUCCUGAUACUAACAUACCCAGGUUAUGUGUGUUUUUUUUCUCACAGAGUCUAAUGGAGCCUAAAUUAUUUGUUUCUACCUCAUGUGCAUAGCUUGUAGGUAAUGUACUGAUUCUUCAGAGUGACUGUGGAGGAUGUAUUUAAGUUAUUUAACACCUUGGUAUACCAAAAGCAAGAGAAUUUUGGAAAUAAAUGAAUUGUGAAUUAUUUUUCAAA